AUGUGCCUUCUUGUUAUUUUGCUUCCCAAUAAUUACCUUCAGCGAACCAGCCUCUCCGCUAAACCAUCGUCACCACCCCACCAUUAUAAAUCAAAACGCGCGUGGGUUAUAUUUUCAACCCCGCCGGACCUCACCAAGGGGGUAGUGGUGUUUUGGGAGACCUCCAAAAACGUCACGAUCGUCGCGGGACAAUUUUCCUCUGGAUUUGUGGAGGGAGAGGAGAAUGAAUAUACAUUCAAGGUAUAUAAGGAUACCGAGGAGAUUGUGGAUUUGAAGCCGUCCGAAGAAUCGUUUGAUAGACUGCUCAAGAUCCGAGAUGAUGGUUCCACAGACUUAUUCCUGUUCACCAUCGAGGACAAGUUAAUUAGCGGGAAGGAUGGGAUAGUGGACUUAACUUUGGUGUUGAAACUGGGCGAAGGCGCGGCGGAAUAA